GCUUUCUAUGCUUGGGAGGAAGAGGUUGCGACGUUGAAAAAGCGCAUACUCCUGUUGAAAAGUGGAACAUCUGCAGGAGGUGAAGCUGAAGAAAGUAAUGAUGCGACCACUGCGAGUAGUAAUUCAGCGACCUCCUCCGGAUCGAGAACGGAUUAUAGUGGUACACGACCUCCACCGACAGAAGUAUCAUCAAAGAAAAGCAAAAGCAAGCAACAGCUUCCCUUUCCUGUGCUACCAAAACCACCAUGGAAGACAGAGUUGAAACUCUCCUUCUCUCCAAGUGAAACCAUUCCUGAGCAAUUCAGUCUGAUGCAUAUGUGUCGGAAGAUGACUGUGGAAUCUUUGCCGGACUUGCCACACUUGCUUGGCCCAGAUCCUGCUAGUUUGAGUUUGAAAUUGGGCUUAAUCCGAGGUUCCUAUGCGUUACCGCUGUCGACGCGUGGAGGAUUGCUUGGCGGGAAAGUUAUGUUGAUCAUUUUUUUACACAGUCUUGUUGAAGAGUUGUGGAUAUUGCUGGUGCUCCAUGACUCGUCCAUGAUGUUUGUUCCGAAGUACUACCUACUUGGUACUUGUUACUUACAAGAUUCAUCACUUGUUGUAUUUACAUAGUUUUCAAUCCGCCCUGCUUUCUUGUUCCUGCAGGCUUUAAAAUCGGUCUUCUAAUACCCGCAGCACGGCCGCACAGGCGCAAAGCAGCGCCUUCUCUUUGGACGUGAAAAGACCGGAUGCUAGAGUUGAGGCUACUGUAUGCAACCGCGAGAUUCAGG